GGGUUGCAUGAGGGAAGGAGGGGUGGGAAAAGUUUGAGACAGAGAGAGAGAGAGGGACAGAGAGAGAGAGAGAGAAGGAAUUGCUUCCAGUGAGAGAUAGGAGCCGUAGUGAGUGAGUGUUUGUGUGAGUGAGUGAGUGUGUGUGAGUGUGUGUGGUUAAAAGGAAAGAGAAACACCAGAAAACAUUAUCCUGGAGGAGGCUGAACCAGAGGAGGGAUUUCCAAACUUUGUGCCUUUAUUCAAACUUUUUGUGCACUCCGGGCUGAGGUCCGUGUCUCUCUUUGUGUUCACCGGCAGGGACUAUGCUGAGGGAGACAGUAGGUGAAGUUGGAGCUGGAAUAAGGCUGUGAAAAAAAAGAAAGCAGAAUAGAAAGAGAGAGAUAUAGGAAGAAGGAAAGGAACCAUGCCAGUGGAUGCUAUCUUCUUCUGUGGAGUCAGGUUACACAAAAUGAAAAAGCACUUCAGGAGCACUUCAUCAGGGCUCACCAAGCUCAGAAAGGAUGCCAGCUGCUAGCACCAUGACUGGAGGAAGGGCCCUGCUGCUCUGUACAACCACUGACAACUGCAUCUACCAAUCAGUCAACGGGCUCCAGUGCUGUGGCUUGAAGGUUGGGGAGGCUCCCUCAUCUGUGGUGCCCCAGCCGCAAGAGGUGUGUGGGUCAUCAGGGGACAAAAACAAAAGAGGGCCUUCCAAGUGUCCUCUCUCACCCCUGAUCAGCCUUCACGACAGCCCAGGUCCUCCUUUCACCAUGUUGGCCCACAGAAGAGCUGCCACCACUGAAUCAAAGACCACCAACAUGGAGAACGGACUUUGUGGUAAACUAAACCACAACAAGACCUCAUCAGCAGUUAAGACUGCCAGCAUCCGGGACAAGAUCUCACAAUGGGAGGGCAAAAAGGAGCCCGAUCAACUGCCCUCUUCUGGGAUGAUUUCACUGAGCGCCCCACAAAAGGAAUUUGAGACAGUAAGGAAAAAGGACUCUCAAGUCUUGGACGUCCCAAGGACGGACAACAAGCGAUUUGUUAGCUGGGACAGACAAGACUCGGGGAAGGAGAAUUCUGGAAAGCUGUCUGAGUCAAGGCCUAAAUCCCCAGAAGGACCAACAAACAAAGAAGUGACUCAAGAGAGAGGAUUUCGAGCUUCUAAGGCAGCAGAACAAUCGUUAGAAAAAAAAACAGUUUUAACUCAUGUGAAAAAACUGGAGAAGGCAACCAAAGAGGUUCCUGACAGACCGUCACUGGCAUUUCCAGGGAAUUACUUCUGCCCUCCUUCAAAAGAGGAGCUGGAAGAAUUGGAGAAGAAGGCCAACGAGCCCAUUUUUGGAACUUUUGAUAAUGGUCGGCCAGGCAGGUCAAGGAGGACGAGGGACGGGGAUUCUGAGAAUGUAUAUAGUGAGCCAGGUGCUCCUUCUAUAAACCCUCUACCUAAACCCCAAAGAACCUUCCAGCACCACACACCACCCAUGACCCCUGUGUCAGGGCUUGGCUUUGGGAAAGGAAAAAGGAACUUACCUCCUUUGCCCACUGUUCCCCCACCACCUUUACCCACAUGUCCGCCACCUGGAGUUUGCAGGAGGCCAUGGGCCGACAGAGCCCGGGACAACAAUAACAGGAAGUCCUAUGAAUUUGAGGAUCUGCUUCAGUCGUCCACAGAAGGCUGCAGAGUGGACUGGUAUGCUCAGUCCAGACUGGGUCUAACACGCACUUUAUCAGAAGAGAAUGUCUAUGAGGACAUAAUAGAUCCUCCAUCCAAGGAGAACCCAUAUGAAGAUAUAGAGUUGGAGAGAAGCUGUUUGGGGAGCAAAUGUAUUUCAUCUGUGUCCUCGUCUCCUGUGCCUGACACGCCAACAAAGCUUUCCUCCAAACCCGGUUUCUUUAGACAAAGCUCAGAAAGACGGAGUUUCAAGCUCCUGGAACUGCGCAAAACCGGCAGGGACGCAGGUGUUUCCUCGCCUUCUCGCAUCAGCCCCCCGUCCACACCUAGCAGCCCUGAUGACACCCCCUGCCUCUCAGGAGACCCGUACAAUCGCAGGAGGAGGAAAAUUCCAAAGAUGGUGCUGAAAAUCAAUGGCAUCUUUGAGGCACGGAGGGGGAAGAAGCGCAUGAAGAGAGUGUCUCAGUCCACGGAGUCCAGCUCAGGACGAGUGACCGAUGAGAACAGUGAGUCGGAGAGUGACACAGAGGAGAAGCUAAAAGCUCACAGCCAGCGCCUGGUAUCAGUUCAGUCCAUGCUCAGGCAGACUGGGCGGUACCGGACUUUAGAGAGAGAUCUGAUGGAGCUGCAGGAGCGAAAGCUCUUUGAGUAUUUCAUAGUUGUUGCACUUCACAAGACCAAAGUCGGUGUUCCGUACCUACCAGAGGUCACACAGCAGUUUCCUCUAAAGCUUGAGAGGAGCUUUAAGUUCAUGCGGGAAACUGAGGACCAGCUGAAGGUCAUCCCUCAGUUCUGUUUUCCCGACGCCAAAGACUGGGCGCCUGUCGACAAUUUCCCCAGUGAGACCUUCUCAUUUGUCCUGACCGGUGAGGAUGGCAGCAGGCGGUUUGGCUACUGUCGGAGACUACUGCCCAGCGGUAAAGGCCGGAGGCUGCCUGAAGUCUACUGCAUCGUCAGCCGCCUGGGCUGCUUUGACCUCUUCUCCAAGAUUUUGGAUGAAGUGGAGAAGAGGAGAGCUAUUUCCCCUGCUCUGGUGCAGCCUUUUAUGAGAGGAAUCAUGGAAGCUCCUUUCCCUGCUCCAGGAAGGACCAUUACUGUCAAAAACUUCCUACCUGGCUCUGGGACAGAGGUCAUCGAGCUGUGUCGACCUUCAGACUCCCGUCUUGAACAUGUAGACUUUGAAUGUCUCUUCUCCUCACUGAGUCUGCGUCUCCUCCUUCGGGUUUUUGCCUCUCUGAUGCUGGAGCGCAGGGUUAUCUUUACCGCCGACAAACUCAGCACUUUGUCCCAGUGUUGUCAUGCAGUCGUGGCUCUCCUCUACCCAUUCACCUGGCAGCAUACGUAUAUCCCUGUGCUCCCACCUUCCAUGUUGGACAUCGUCUGCACCCCGACACCGUUCAUCGUCGGCCUCCUCUCCAGCUCCCUGCCACGCCUCAAAGAGCUACCUAUUGAAGAAGUCCUGGUGGUCGACCUCGGCAACAGCCGCUUCCUGCGACAGCUCGAUGAUGAGGACUCCAUUCUUCCUCAUAAGCUUCAGGCAGCUCUGGAGCAUGUGCUUGAAAAGAGGAGAGAUCUGGCCUGUGACAAAGGAGACCUACUCAAUGACUCCUGCUCCCUCAGCACAGUAGUAUCGGAGGCGUUUGUGCGUUUCUUUGUGGAGAUUGUAGGUCACUACUCUCUCUUUUUGGGCGGAGUAGAACGGGAGGAUGAGUCCAUCUCCUCCCCGACCUUAACCAGUCCGUCUUCCUCCACUACCUCAUCCUUUCAGCGUGAUGCUUUCCGGAAAGCAGUCACUUCCAAGAGUCUCAGAAGAUUUCUGGAACUGUUCAUGGAGACCCAGAUGUUUACUGGCUUCAUACAGGAGAGAGAGAUGCGCAGACAAGGCCUCAAAGGUCUCUUUGAGGUGAGAGCACAGGAGUAUUUGGACUCACUGCCUGGAAGCGAACAACGAGGAGUCAACAAAUUCCUGAAGGGCCUAGGAAACAAGAUGAAAUUCCUAUCCAAGAAAUGAUCAGAUGCUCAGAUUGAGGAUGUCAUCGAUAAAUGUAGAAAAAAACGCAGUGAAGAAGAAAGGAUUCUCCCCGAAUGUGGAAGACGCAACGAUGGAGACAUGUCUUAAGAAUGAACAAUGAAAGGGCUCUAGAAGUGAACUGGACUCACUGUUUUUUCAACGUGAGAAAAUCUGGAUUUGGCUCUGAGGUUCUUUAUCCACUCAUUUUUCUGGUUUUGUGAGCUGUUCACAGCGACAGAGAGUGUGUUCCGGUGUCACAGUGUACUACUGGAUGGAACAGCACAGUGUAAAGGAAGAGUGUUCUCUAAACUCCCCUCCCCUUACUUCAUAUAUAAACCUCUGAGAAGCGUCACUGCAGACAGCUUUGUACUUUCUUUUACAUUCCAAAUAUUUUCCAUAGAAUUGUUUAUAAAAUACUACAACUUCUUCUUCAACAGGAGGCUUUGAGGUUAAUUUAUAUUCUUUUUUAGGCAUAUUAAAUCUGUUUUGAACAAUGUUUUUAACUUACUCAUUGCAAAAAAAAAAAAAAAAAAACCUGGUUUCUCAUAGGCUUUUUUUAACAGGGUCUAGUCCAGACUGUAGACCACUUUAGGUUGUUGGGUAAAUGUACCACUUUUAUUGCCUAAAAAAAGCGCCAAAAGAAAGAUGAAGAAGUGAAACACAAGAUAAUGUGAAGUUAAAGAUGUGGAUAGAUUUGAAGAUUCAUGUUCGCUGUAGGGUUGUUAAGAAAUCCCCAAAUAUUUUACAACAACAAGGAGCUUGAUUUGCCUUAAACGUAAUGGAGAAUGCAUUAACAUUUUGUUAAUAAAGCAACUUUAUAUUAGAAAAA